UCUGCCUGUCAGUCUACACUUUCACUUUACGCAGGAAGAUAUCGAGCUGCUUUCCGCCCAAAACUUCAACAAAAACACAACAGAAACUUCAACAUUAAAACCGCGUUUGUUGGACUGUAAAGGGUGAAGGUAAAAUUUCGCCGGCUCAGCCUUCGUGCUCAUUCACAGAAUAGGAAAACCAACCGUAAACAACACGGUUAGCUAACUCCGGAGCAACAAUGUUCUGACAUCUAAAGUAAGCUAACAGUCAUCUGUCGGCUCUGACCUCCUGGACAGACUCCCUCUGUUGCCCAGCAGCUCCAGGUGACCUGACACUAUGGAGCGGGCAGCACUCAAACAGAGCCAGCUGUGUGGCUCUUGGGAAAUGAAGGAAAGACUCGGGAUGGGAGGCUUUGGGCACGUCUACCUGUAUCAGCACCUUGAGUCUGGGGAGAAGAUUGCGGUUAAACUUUGCCGCCUGGAGCUGAACUCCAAGAACAAAGACCGCUGGGGCAGAGAGAUUCAGAUCAUGAAGAAGCUGAAUCAUGUGAACGUUGUUCAGGCCAGAGAGGUUCCAGAAGAGUUAAGCUCCAUUGCUUUAAAUGACUUGCCUCUGUUGGCGAUGGAGUACUGCUCAAGAGGAGACCUACGCAAGGUGUUGAAUAAACCAGAAAAUUGUUGUGGGCUGAAGGAGAGUGAAGUCCUCUCACUGCUCAGUGACAUUGGUUCUGGUAUCCAAUAUCUCCAUGAGAAUAAGAUCAUUCACAGAGAUCUAAAGCCAGAGAACAUAGUUCUGCAGGACGUGGGUGGGAAGCUUGUCCAUAAAAUCAUAGAUCUGGGUUAUGCAAAAGACCUAGAUCAGGGCAGUCUCUGUACAUCCUUUGUUGGAACUCUCCAGUAUCUGGCUCCAGAGCUGUUUGAGAGCAAACCCUACACUGUAACUGUGGACUACUGGAGCUUUGGGACAGUCAUCUUUGAAUGCACAUGUGGCUUUCGCCCUUUUUUACACCACAUGCAGCCCGUACAGUGGACAAGUAAAGUCAAGAACAAAGGUCCCAAAGACAUCAUGGCAGUAGAGGACAUGAAUGGAGAAGUCAGAUUCUCCACACAUCUCCCAUAUCCAAACAAUCUCAGCAGGCCGCUGCUGGAACCGGUCGAGUCUCUUCUGCAGAUGCUGUUACUCUGGGACGCUGGGGCGCGUGGUGGAGGGCUUGAUCCUGACACAAGCAAGCCCUGCUGCUAUACAGCUCUGCAGAACAUUCUCAACAUGAAGGUGAUUCAUGUGUUGGACAUGACUUCCGCCCAGCUGCACUCUUUGGUUUUGGGUGCUGAGGAGAGCUUACACUCCCUGCAGCUUCGUCUGGAGACUCACACUCAGACACACAUCUCCCCGCUGAGUCAAGAGCUGCUGCUGGAGACGGGAAUCUCCCUCGACCCACGCAGACCGCCCGCACACUGUCUACCAGAUGGAUUGCGAGGCUGGGACACUUCCAUAGUCUUCCUGUUCGACAAGAGCCUGACCAAGUACUCUGGCCCACUGACUGCCAGACCUCUGCCAGACAGUGUCAACUUUAUAGUGAGGGAGACGAAGACACAGCUGCCACUGUCUGCACUGAGGAAGGUGUGGGGAGAAGCAGUCAGCUACAUCUGCGGACUGAAAGAGGACUACAUUCGCCUGUACCAGGGACAGAGGGCCGCCAUGCUGAGCCUGCUGCGCUACAACACCAACUUAACGCGGUACAAGAACCUGCUGUUCUCCCAGUCGCAGCAGCUCCGAGCCAAGCUGGCUUUUUUUAAGACCAGCAUCCAGCAUGACCUUGAGCAGUACACCAAGCAGAGACACAUCGGUAUCUCUUCAGAAAAGAUGUUGAAGACCUGGCAGGAAAAUGAAGAGAAGGCUGAUGACUUUACAAAGGUUGCAGAUGUGGGUUAUCUGGAUGAAGAGAUAGUGGCUCUACAUUCUGAGAUCGUGGAAUUGCAGAGGAGUCCAUUUGCAAGGAGACAAGGGGAUGUAAUGGAACAGCUUGAAGCAAAGGCUAUUGAACUCUACAAGCAACUGAAAGCUAAAUGCAAAAGUCCUGACCCUCCACAUGGCUAUAGCGACAGCCAAGACAUGGUGAAGAUGAUACUCCAAACAGUUCAGAACCAGGACAGAGUGCUGAAAGACUUGUACACUCACCUGAGUACAAUUCUGGUGUGUAAGCGACGCAUCGUUGAUUUGUUCCCUAAGUUGGAGAGAGCGGUAGAGAACAUAAAAACAGCAGAGGCAGCAGUGAUGCAGAUGCAAAUGAAGAGACAGAAAGAAUUCUGGUACCUCCUAAGGAUUGCCUGUGCCCAGAGCAACUCUCCAUCACAGUCACUUGUGCAACGACCCACUGACAGUGAAACUGUUCACCAGUUACUGGACGAGAAUGAGCGUUAUCUGAGUCAACUAACUUCCCUGCUGCAAGAUGCCACCCAGGAGAUGGAGCAAAGUGUUAUGGAUCAGGACUGGAGCUGGACUCAGUACGGAGCAGUGAAAGCCCAAGCUCAGAAGCUGUAGAGACUGACCAAAGACUCUGUUAUGAGUCAAAGACAAUUUACUGUAAACAAGUGCCUUAUCAGAGUUACACUAUCUGAAAGCUUUGUGAUUCCAUACCGUGUCUUUAACAUACAUGUAAUGUUGUAAGACAACAUGUGAAACAGCGCGAUAUGGUAAGCUAUUCAUGUUUUAACUUAAAUGUAUAUUAUUGACUUCUAGCUGUAACCAAGACUUAUUUAUAUUUCUGAUAGUACUGAUUAGAGUAAAACAUUGCUGCUGAGAAACUAUGCAUGGUGGAAUGUGAAUAAAUUUUAUAAAUGCG